AUGAAACUCUCAGAACUCUCAGAUAAGAUAGGCAGCUUUAGAGAGCGUGGUGGACGCCCGCUUCAAAAGCCCUGGAUUGUGUUUUUGGUUGUUGUAAUCUCGCAACUGCUGGAUGCUAUGAACAUCACAGUUGCUGCAACAACCUUAUCACAAAUUCAAGAGAAAUACGGCACCACCUAUCCCAUUGCUAGUUGGGUGCUAAGUGCAUACGCCCUCUGCUAUGCAGGAUUCAUCAUGAUAAUGGGAAGAGUCGGUGAUAUUGUGGGCCACCAUAUCGUUUAUAUCGCUGGUCUUUUCGCUCUUUCGCUGUUUCUGCUCAUCACCGCCGCUGUUGAGAACCUUUAUGUGGUAAUAGUUUUCAGAGCUCUUCAAGGACUGGCCGCUGCUGCGACAAUUCCUUCAUCUUAUGCUAUUGUCGCCCACACUUUCAGCGGAAACGCAUUGAAGCUGGCUCUGGCUGCUAUUACCGGUCUCAUCACAGUGGCUGCUGGUAUUGGUUUUGUCAUUGGUGGUGCAUUCUACGAAACUUCGAUUGGCUACAGAGGAGCAUUCUUCCUAUUUUUUGCUCUCUGCUUGUUGAGCGCUAUUCUGUCAUUUUUCUGUGUUAGACAUACACCAACCUCGCCUGCGAGCUUGUCGAAAUUGGACCAUUUGGGUGUCUUUAUUAUGCUCAGUGGAGCACUGUUAUUGGUGACCGGUUUGACGGAAGGUGGUGAUAAAUGGGAUUCACCAAAAGCAUACGUUCCAGUCGCAGUUGGUGUUGUUCUCAUCAUCGUGUUCUUGGGUUGGGAGCUUUAUCUUUACAAGAGGUUCAACUGGUCAAAAGAUUUGGACUUGCUGAUUCCACCAGCUAUUUGGGACAUUCCUAACUUCAUACCAUUGAUCAUCAUAAUGGGUCUCAAUUACGGCUCUAUGUUUGCUCAGAUGUUGACUGCUAUCCAAAUAUUCCAGUACGUGUCGUUACAUUCCGCAAUUGUUUCCGCAGUCCAGUCGCUGGCAGGUCCACUGACCGUUGCUAUUUUCACAUUCGUUGUCGGUGUUUUGUUUGGCAAGAUUCCACCUAAAUACUGCAUUUUCUUUGGAACAUUGUUGUCUCUCACAGCAUCUGUUCUCUUCAGCAGAAUGGGUUAUACAACAGAAUCCUACUGGAGGUACGGGUUUCCAGCCUAUAUUCUCCUAGGAGUUGGUACUGUCUCCACCUUCAUCAACACUCUUAACACGCUGAUUAUGUCGUGUUCUUUGGACAUGCAAGGAUUGCUAUCUGGAGUUGCUUUGACCUCGGCUCAGUUUUUUGUUGCUGCUGCUUCUGCUGCUGUUUCAUCCAUUGUGGGAAACACUGAGUUUGGCGACUCUCUUGAGGCCAAAGAGAAUCUUAUGAGAAGAUACCAUCACGUCUUCUACAUGAGUAUUGGCUUGUCAGGUACCGCAUUCCUUGUGGACUUUUUCGUUAAGAACUUGCCCAUUUCGGGACUUCAAGAACAAUCAGCCGAUGAAGAAGCACCAGAAGAAAAACAAAGUUCCAACUUUGAGGUGGAUUCUUCGUCAGGUGUGGUAGCCAGUGAAGAAUAUGAGGACCUGCAGAAGGGAGUUGAAGUAGAAGGCGUGGCACCGGACGCUGCUUCUUCGCAUUAG